AUGAACUCUCCAAUGGACGCUGGCCAGGUGCUGGAUGAGAUCAAGACCACGGAAUCACACUACGUCAGCGAACUGGGGUCGCUGAUGAGACUCGUGAACGCGUUCGAUGUGCGGUUCAACAACUACUUUGACGACUCGGUAGACGACGCCAUUGAGGAGCAGAUGAGUUACCGUCAGAAGAUGAACGCGAGACUGGCGAAAGUUGUGCGGACGCUCAUCGUGAUGCACCGCGAACUGGCACAACUUCUCCAGACAGACGACCUGGCCGUGCUGGCUGCCAGGUUUGCAAAAUGGUGCAUGGACGUGAUCAAGGUGUACAAGCAGUACAUCAGCCUGUAUCGUUUGCAGGAGAACCAGACAGUAUCUGAGGUUGAGCUGCGUCGCCAGCCGCUUCUUAGACUGGCUUACUUGCACCAAAGCAUAAGGGCCAUCAAGAACAUGCUGAGUCUGCAGAUGGACCGUUUGCAAGGCGGGUCGGUUUUUUCCGACCUGGAAGUCGCCACACACAGACUGGAGCAGACAAUGGAAGAGGCACACAGGAUGGAGUGCCUACAGCGCAAGAAGCUGGACAAACACGUGAAUUUUUCCAGCGUGCGCUCGAUGACGGACUUUUCGAUGAUUUGUUCCAGUUUCAGUAUGAACAGCGUGGUGGAGACGUACCGGACGGAGAUGUACUACACGAACGAAAAGCUGGACACGUCGCUAAUUUUUAGGACUCUGGAGCUGAUGUUUCUCAAGAACCAGACUAUUGCCCUGGUGUCUCUCGAAAAGGGAGAACGAACGCUGGUUUUCCCGCCAUUGCGCGCCAACGAGCUCCAUUACGACAAACAGGUGGAGGACGAGAUUUAUGUGUUCAAGCACACGCUGGACUCAGGCAUCUGUGUGUAUCUGAAGCUGGACAGCACGAUGCACUCGAAACUGGCCAAGUUUUGGAAUAGGCCCGCCAAGCUGACCAAGACACGGUCGAUGGGCAUGGGAAUCCAAUUGCAGGGAAGCGUGCCGUCAGAGUUGCCAGAAAGUGAGGAACGUCACCGUGUUUCUGAGGUCAAGGCUUAUCGAGUGCAACAGCCGCUGGAGGCCGAGCUUCAGCCGGCCAGAGAAGCUCCCAGACCGCCGCUGCAGCCUGUGUCGUCGUCGAAGAUCAACUCAUUCGAUCCGCAACGGUUUGCGCAGAAUUAUCAGCACGGUAUCAAUGGCAGCUAUUUGAAGAAGAAACGGCCAUCUGUGUUCGGAAUGCUCUCCAACAUCAUCAGGAAAAAGUUGACUGUCUCUGAGUCUACGGAUUCCGUUGCCGAGGAUAUCUUCCGCAAGAGCAAACACAUGUUCCUGCAGCGCGUUGAAUGGUGCAAAUGGGCAGACAACCAAUGGUCGCAGCCGGUGAGCGUCGAUCUUCUGCUGCUCCAGUCCGACUCGGACAACUACCUGAUGGGAACCACCAUCGAGUCCGAAUCAGGGACAGAGUUCCUAAUCAAGCUCAACGACAGCACUAUAGUGAGACGGGCCUCCGCAUUGGACAUCCACAUCACCAGCUGCGAUCUGCAGAGCGCCGUGACACUGUUCUGGCUCAAAACGGCCGGGAUCGACGAGGCCAACGAGCUGCUCCAGAACGUUCUGACUAGAUCUACGUCCCUGUCGAACUCCAGCUCGUACAGCUCAAACCUGAGUACCACAACUUACAAUCCAUCCAUCAAAACGUUCGUUACCUCGACGUCAAUCGCAUCAUAUACUAAGAAAUGA